UCUUACGCAACCUUCGCCAUAGGAACCUGACCAAAGUCAUAACUUCUUGUUCCAACUCUAAGUUCAAGGCCUUAAUAUUAGAGUACAUGCCAAAUGGCACCCUAGACAAAUGGUUACACUCUCAUGACUUAUUCUUAGACAUGUUGCAUAGGUUGGACAUAAUGGUAGAUGUAGCAUCUGCCUUGGACUAUCUCCAUAACGGUUAUUCAGAGCCAGUGGUGCAUUGUGAUUUGAAGCCUAGCAACAUUUUGCUAGAUCAAAAUAUGGUUGGGCAUUUAAGUGAUUUUGGGAUUGCGAAAUUGUUAGGUGCAGAGGAUAGUUUUAGACAAACUAACACUAUUGGGACCAUUGGAUACAUUGCGCCAGAGUAUGGACAAGAUGGACUUGUAUCAACAAGUUGUGACGUCUACAGUUUUGGUAUCGUGAUGAUGGAAACAUUCACAAGGAGGAGGCCUAGUGAUGAAAUGUUUACUGGAGAUUUGAGCCUAAAACAAUGGGUAAACGACUCGCUUCCUUCUGGAGUUACACAACUAGUGGAUGCAGAUUUGAUGAGACCAAAGGAAGAACCUCUAAAUGCAGAGAUGCAAUGCUUGGUUUCUGUCAUGGAAUUGGCUUUAAGCUGCACUUCAGUGUCACCAGAUGCAAGAAUCAAAAUGAAAGAAGCUCUUUUGGCACUCAAGAAGAUAAGAAUUCAAUUGGUCACCAAGCUGAACUUUGAAGUAAGGCUGAAUCCAGAAAGUUCACUCCAAUAGAAUUUGGAGAAGGCUUGUUAUAAUAAGAGUAGAAUAAAGAUAACAGGAAGCAACCUUUUGUUUCUGUCUGUAGGCCAAUCUUAUUUAUUUGUUAGCAAGUCACC